AUGUAUCAUCAUGCAAGAAAUCUGACCUUGGAUCUUGAUAUCUUGAUAUUGCUGCUGAUUGUGCUCGACUCUCCACCAACGGUCAUAGAGACUGCUUAUGAAAUCAAAUACAUCGGUAGUCGCACCGACGGGGUCCCGGUAAACCCGGCCAAAGGGUCUGUUACCGGUGCCACUCAACCCGGUGCAUGGUGCCCUCAAGGCAUGGGGGUUUUACUACCCUUCACUAGCCGGGUGGAUAAUGUCAGCGAGAAUUGCCUGAGUUUGCGGAUCGCUCGGUCUUCCGGAGUGAAGAGACAUGCGAGACUCCCAGUUGCAGUCUGGUUACAUGGAGGGGGUCAUGCGCUGGGUUCGGCUUCAGAUAUACUAUACAAUCCGGAUGGUCUAGUAAGGGGGGCUGCUGCCGCUAGAAAGCCGCUGAUCUAUGUUGGCAUCAAUUACCGACUAGGAUUGUUUGGCUUCGCCACGAGCAAGGCAAUGGUUAAUACCAAGCAGACGAACGCAGGACUGCGUGACCAACGGGCUGCUUUGCAGUGGGUCCGCGAUCAUAUCGAGGCUUUCGGCGGCGACUCCAAUAGAGGUAUUAUCUAUCUAAUGACUGCUAUCGGACAGAGUGUGGGAAAUAGUGACAUAGGCUUACAAUUGACAUCAUUCAACAGCUCCCGGGGCAUGAUGUCCGGCACACCGAAAAUCAACUUCAACAGCGACCCUGGAUUAGUCACGAAUAACACUGCCGCCAUAGCAAGACAAGUGGGAUGCAUCAGGGACAAUGAUGGCCAGUCCCUUGAGACCCUAGAAUGCCUUCGGAGUGUCCCAGCCGCCAUAUUAACAAGUAUAUCCGUCAAUGUAUCCCGAUCAGCACACCGGCCAUCUGAGCUAGUACGUACCGGUAAAGUCGUUAAGGGGAUCCCUAUAGUGGCAUCAUGGGUGACCAAUGAUGGCGCUUGGUACGCAUCUCCGCAGACAUCUACAGAUGAAGACGUCCUAGGUAGUUUCGAGCGUUGGGUGUGCGGCCUUUCCGAAUCAAUGAAAGAGAAGCUCUUGCAGUUGUAUCCAGUGGAGGAGUUCGGCCAUAUGGUUCGGCAAGACUAUGACGAUGAAUAUGCUCGGAACGGAGCUUCGAAGGCAUCACAGGUCUGGCUGUACGAGCACAAUGCAACAAGGUUCGCGCCCGUAUAUGAAGCAAUGGGAGUACCCAUGUGGCGAGUGACACAUCUCAGCGAUAUUCCAUAUGUAUUCAAUAAUCCGCACCUCGAGGGUGGCGCAGAUAAAUCAUUGGGUAAGCUGGCGCUGAGUGAGACUGUUAGUAAAGCGAUUAUUGAGUUUGUGCACGGAGGUAGCCCAGCAGCAGAGGGCAUUGGCGUGCAGAAGUGGUCAUCUGCAUCUCCUGCUAGACAUGAAGGACAGCGAUCCAGCGAGAGCGCCAAUAGGCUGUCGAUUCAAAUCUUUGGAGGCUCUUCGAAUUCGUCAGAAGUAACGAUUGGUAGGGACGAGGAUGUCGAAAGAUUGUUUGAUCGGUGCGACUUCACCAACGGUCCUCAAAUGAGAGAGUAAUCUGGAGUUUGAGACUGACCAGCAAUUAUUCUGGCUUUUGUGAAUUGAGUUCUCAGAAUGGCACAGUGCUCUUUUCAAGACAAUACACCAUUCGUAUCGCCUCCUGUA